AUGGCCUUCAAGCUCACACUUCCUCCGAUGCAUGCUGGAGGCGGCCGCCGCCGCCGUCUCUCCCUGCUGCUGCGUCUCGCCGCUGCCUGCUACCUCCUCCUUCUUCCGCCGUCCCGCGCGUCGUCGUCGUCGUCGUCGGUGGUGACGCACCUGCCGGGAUUCGACGGCUCUCUGCCCUUCUACCUGGAGACCGGGUACGUGGGCGUGGACGAUGACACCGGGACGGAGCUCUUCUACUACUUCGUGGAGUCGGAGCGGAGCCCGCGCACGGACCCCGUGCUCCUGUGGCUCACCGGCGGGCCACGCUGCACCGUCUUCAGCGGCCUCGCCUUUGAAGUAGGUCCUAUAAAAUUUGUGUUGGCACCUUAUACGCCUCACCAAAGCAGCCUGCCGCAGUUGGUCUACAACCCAUAUUCAUGGACACAGAUGGCAAGUAUUCUCUUCGUGGAUUCCCCUGUUGGCUCUGGUUUCUCGUAUGCGCGGGAUCCCAAAGGCUAUGAUGUAGGAGACUACUCAUCGUCUUUGCAAAUCGUCACAUUCCUGAAGCAGUGGUUCAUCGAUCAUCCGCAGUACCUUUCAAAUGUUUUCUACAUUGGUGGAGAUUCGUAUGCUGGAAAGGUGGUUCCACUUAUUGCACAGUAUAUUUCAGAAGGAAUUGAUGAAAGGCAGCAGCCUCGCAUCAAUCUCAAGGGCUAUCUAGUUGGCAAUCCUGUAACAGACUCUAGGUUUGAUGAAAACUUCGUGAUUCCAGCUUCUCAUGGCUUUGGAAUCAUAUCUGAUCAGCUAUACGAGGCUGCAGUGGAGCAUUGCAAAGGAGAUUAUGUAAACCCUGCAAACAAAUUGUGCGCUGAGGUGCUGCUCACUAUUAAAGAUCUCCUUUCUGAAAUCCCAAAAGCACAUAUCCUGUACGACGUAUGCCCUGUAGCUGCGCCAAAACCCAAAUAUAAUGGCGAUUCAAGAAGGGUUCUAUCAGAAGAAUCUAUACAGCUAAAUGAGCCACCGGGUCGUCCUAAACUUCAUUGUUUUACAUAUGGUUACUACUUGGCUUACUAUUGGAUGAACAACGAUACUACCAGGGAUGCUCUUGGGAUCAAGGAGGUAUUUCUUUUUCUUUUCUUUGAAACGGAAGGAGGUUUACGAUAUAACAUACACCAACAAUUUGACCUUUGCGACGGUGAAGGUAGCUAUGUCCCUAAUCCCUAUCAGAUUUUGUCGAUAGCUCACGACGUUUUCACGAUUGGAUCAGGGUGGCGCCAUACCACUCCAGAAUACCAGCCUGAAGAAAGUUUCGCGAUGGCUCAAAGGUGGCUGGACGGUGAGCCUCUGACACAUCUGCUUUGCCCUCGACUCCCAAGUGUCAAAUCCCAACGAUGUGCCUCCGGUGGUAUUGGGGCCUCUAAGCAGAAGAAUAGCAUGUUCCUAAACAAGUACUAG